AUGAUAUUGCGCUGUCUCUCCUUCCGUCCUGGCCUAUGCACCCAUCCCGCAUCCUCGUGGCACACCUUCACCAACACACUUUCCCACCUGCUUGUUGCCUACUCCUGCUCGGGCCCUAUUCACACUCGCCACUGUGCACGGCAAUGUCGAUCCGAGUCCGCCAUUUUUGUCCGUCAUCCUCCUCCUCCUCCUUCUUCGAGUCCCGUCACAGUCCCCCGCUUGCCUCACAGGAUAUUCCCCUCUUCCUGUGAGAUCUACAACAGAGAGUUGUCUGCCUUCUCGCCUGAGAUGUUCGUCGACAUGGAUGGUACGUCAAAACUUGAUAAAAUUUCCGUACCUGGCAGUCCAACCGUUUGGAUUCUUUAA